AUGUUGUUCAAGAACCUGGAGUUUAUGCUUAUGCCUCAUGAAACUGUAGGUAUUGGUCAAGCUAGAACAGUGACUUCCGAUUUGCGGCAGGAGUCAGAACAACCGAUUUCUUUGGCAAAUCUGUUUGAGUUAGUAGCUGAUGAUCUGCAGACGUUGAAUGACAAUCUAUUGUCUAACCCAAAGAAGCUCCUCUCCAAGCAAAAUUUCGGAGCUGGUGGUAAAAGAAUGAGACCAGGUUUGGGAUUCCUUGUAUCGCGAGCCACAACAGAAUUAGCAGGCCUAAAGGAACUUAAAAUAGAACAUCAGCCUUUGGCUGAGAUCAUCGAGAUGAUUCACACCGCAAGCUUGAUACACGACGAUGAGAGUGAUAUGCGAAGAGGAAAGGAAACUGUUUCUGAGCUAUUCCGUACAAGAGUGGCCUGGUGA